GUUCCUGUAACGUUAGCUGCAUGCUGAGAAACCAAAUGACUGAACCACAGAAUUUUCUAAACUAUCUUUGACUGAACUGUGUUCUCGCUCUACAUAAACAUUUGAUUGUCUUGCAAAUGCUGUAAUUAAUUUGCCAUUCAAGCAGUAUUAUGUUGCCCUUGAAGGAGAAAGAUAGACCAAUAGUGAAGAAGCUGCUGGAAGCAGGAUGCUGCGCCCGCUGUGUCCUGAGGUUCUGCUGCUUGGGUGUGCAGUCGGCCUACCGCCAGUCUUAUGAGGAUACAGCAAGGGAACUUUGUGCUUUCGUCAGUGAUUCAGAGAAUAACGAAUCCCAAGAUGCAGCCGUGCUGGAGCAGCACAAAGAAGACCCCCCUAGUAAAAAAAUGAAGAUGGAUGCCGCAAAGACAGACGUCCAAUCAGAAGGCGACUCUGCUGUGGUUGCCACGGUGAUGGAGGAAGGCGACGCCGAGCCAGCGGACUCGGACGUGUGUGUGGUGUGCCUGGGAGUUCUACAGCAGUUCUGUGAUGAAGCCUAUGCCAUAAAGAUAUCAGAGGUGGUGAAGGCCAAAAACUACCAGUUUGACACAAUGGUACUGUCCGUCUCCCUACCGGCCCAGCUGUCUGUCAGAGAGCACUCUUGUUGGCUGCAUGUAAAGAAGGAAGUGAGGGAGAAGUCUAUGUGCCUCGAUAUGGAUGAUGUCAUCCAGGUGAAGGAGGCUUUCAAGUGGACCAUGCAGGGUCUGGUGUCCAAAGAGCUGGGGGGCAUACCUGUGGUGACCAAGAUCAAUCGACAAACUGAACAGUUUGAGGUGGGCGUGGGGUUUACACACCCAGAGACAGACUCAGACUGCCACUUCCUGGCUGGCAUCUGUUCAGACUGCUUCAGACCAACUAAGAACAAACAGAAUGUCUUCACUAGAAUGGCCGUGGUCAAAGCCCUCGAGAAGGUUUCUGAUGAGAAGUUUCUAAAAAAGUUCCCAUGUCCCCCUACAAGGCCAGCGAGCAAAUGCAUCGCUCAAGACGUCCAGUGUCUUCACGUUUCUGUAUUUGUGGCGGGGAGGUACAACAAGUUCUCCCGCACCCUGCCCCAGACCCCCUGGGUGAUUGACGGAGAGAGGAGGAUGGAGUCCUCGGUGGAGGAGCUAAUCGCUGCCCCCCUCCUCUCCUCUUUCCGGGCCGAGGGGUUUAAUUUCUCCUCCUCAGGAAGGGAGGACGUGGAUGUGCGGACACUUGGAAAUGGUCGUCCGUUUGCACUGGAGCUGCUAAAUCCUCACAGAGCCAGGUUCAAUAAGGCAGAGGUCCGACAGCUGCAGGAGACCAUCAACCAGUCCUCAGACAAAAUCCGAGUACGAGAUCUACAGAUCGUAAGCAGAGAUGCUAUGGGCCACAUGAAGGAGGGUGAGGAGGACAAGACCAAGUCGUACACCGCCCUCAUAUGGACCCAGAAAGCCAUCAACAAAGAUGACAUCACGUUCUUAGAGGAAACCAAAGAGUUGAAGCUAGCUCAGAAGACGCCACUAAGAGUGUUGCAUCGCAGGCCGCUGGCCGUCAGAGAGCGCGUCAUCCACACCAUGAGUACAUGCUUCCUGGACGCGCAUCACUUCCACCUGAAGCUGCGCACGCAGGCAGGGACUUACAUCAAGGAGUUUGUCCACGGAGACUUUGGUCGCACCAAACCCAAUCUGUGUGAUCUGCUGAAGACUGAGACUGAUAUCCUAGAGCUGGACGUUGAGUCUGUAGAUGUGGACUGGCCACCCUCCAUCCCGGAGUGAGCCUCGUCUCACUGAUGCUGUUGGGGAUGCCAAAAGGAGCCCUAGUUCUGAUGGGCCAUACCUUCACCUAUUGGACCCCCACCACCACCAACUCUGUUUAGCUCAGUUCCACUGAUCUCUAGAUGAUAUGGAUAGUGUCAAUAUAUUUGUUUUUCUUGAGGUCAAUACAGAUGAUUUUGAAAUGCCUGAAUCUGUGCAGCACGUGCGCUGAGGCCUUGAACUGAUCUUAGAUAUACAUGUCUUUGAGAGCCAUGGCAGGGACUGGGGGUGAAUGGCACUGCUGAUGGAAAGAACUACAAUCCAAGUUAAUUGCACCCUGGUGUCCCAAGUCUGAAUUAGUCCCUUAUUAGCAGAGGAUGAAAAACAGAAGUGUUUCAGCCCUCCAGGACAGACAUUGAACAGCCCUUUUAUAGAGCAUCGCAGUAGUAUAUGGUCAGUAUUUUGUGUGUAUUUUCCUCAGUUAAUUUAGAAGUUUUUGUUCAGCCUUAAAAUCUAUUAUUUACCCAUGGAUUGUCCCAUAGGCAAAAGUAAUGCUAUACUUUUUUGUAUUAAUGAAAAUAUUUGAUUGUGAUGUCUCCCAUCAGCAUAAUGUUCCCCAUUGUACAUCCCAUCCAAAUAAAGGCCUGGGUUAUGUUGUUGUGCACACAAAGGAAUACUUUUUGAACAAGUCCACAAGUGUUUUAUGUUAAAGGUAAACUUCAGGAUCUACUGCCCCGGAAUCACAGGAACUCGUGGAUAACAUUUCUCUUUGUGCCAUUUGAAGGGAGUUGCUAACUAGCGUUAGCACAAUGACUGGAAGUGUAUGGGUAGCAGAUACCCAUAGUUUUCCAGGCACUGCGCUAACGCUAGUUAGUAUUGGCUUGUGAAACUACUUAUUGCUUCCUUCAUACUGGAGAGAGAGAAAAAUGGUAUCAAUGAGUUCAUGUGAUUCUGGGAAUGUAGAUAAAGGCCUCUGCCAAAAUCCCGAAGUAUCCCUUUAAUGUAAGCUCUCAGUCUCAAUCAGGAGAGUGACACUAAAGACUUGUGGUGAGCAGAGUCACAGACCUUUGCAUCGUUCAAGACUGGUGCUUUUUGAGGUGUUGAAGUUCAGAAUUUGCCAUUAUUAUGUAAAUGCAAGCUAUAAAAAAGAUCCCGGGGCCCAGUGAGACACUGGUAACGGCCCGUGUAGAUGGAAAAAGAAGGCUGAGCCUUUUGGGUAAAACACGGGUAAAUCUGUCAGUGGAAAUGCGCCAGUAGUUUCUUCCUCCCGGUUUGUUUUAUUUUGUUUGGUUCCUUUGGUUUCCAAAGGGAACACACUCAUUGAAAUAUCAGAAGGGCAAUAAAAAUAAAAAGAUUUACACCAUGAAAAACCCUGAAA